CAGUUAGGAGCCGUCGCAAGCACACUCCUCCUCCUACCUGCCUGCAUCUCCCACUCGGCGGAAAUCGCACCUUUGCUUUGGUGACCUCUGCAACUCUUGCUCGUCCCCGCUGCGCCCACCAAACUCUGAAGAGCCUUCCUUCCUCUCCCCCGCAGGACAAGAGGUCUGGACUUGCAGUGAUUAAAGGAGUUUCGUGACCGUCUUCGGAUUUAACCGAAAUGUCAAAGUUAUCCCUGUUCUUCAUCAUAUUUGCUGGAUGUUUAUCAGCUCGUGUAUAUAUGGAAGCUACUUAUGGAGAGACGCAGUCAAAUUUUCAUAGAGACAAGCGGCAGUUUUCAAAAAAGGAUUCUUUCAAGAUAAGGCGGCUGUCCCGUCACUACUUUGAAGAAAAUAACGAGCCGAUACAAGAUGGCUGUCAGAGGGACGAGGCACGUUACAUCGGCGAUGGCCAGUGCUACAAACUCCUGACGAAGGGCCCUUGCGCCAUUGACGAGUUCCUCGUUCUAAGUCGCAGGAACAACAGCGGUGUGUGUGAAGCUAGACUCUGUCUACCCGACAGAAUCUUCAUCCCUGAUUACCAGUUAUGCUUCGACUUUCGGGAUCCAAGUCUCUGCCCUUCUGGGCGUGAACCACGCGUCGACCCUUACGGAUACCCAGUGUGCCAAUGCAAAUUUGGUACCUUUGAUGUUCUGGGAGACGGGAAUCACCUCGAGGACAAUUCCUGCGCCCCCAUUCUAUCAAGGACGUCCACUUGUUCCGAUGGAAAGGUACUUUGGUCCAAAGGUCAGGGGGAAGGUCUAGAAUGUUUAUCAGACCCCUGCCAAGGCGACAACCUCAGAAGAGGACAUUACGAUAAGCCUCUUGUUCCUCUUCCAGAUGGUAGAUGCUUUCCAUUAGGAUCUGAUAACAUUUGCCCUCCCAUGACGUGGUAUUCCCUUGCAUUAGAGACGAUGCGGGGUGUGUGUGCAAGCCUCGAGGACUCGGGUUAUGAAAUCUUCGACCAGAAAACUUAUUCCGCUCUCAUCCAGACUUUCGGGCUUCCGAUCUCGAGGGAGUUUUUCCGUGCUGAUUUCGUCAAUGACGGCCGUGAACACUAUAUUUCCGUAGAUGACCAUUCAUCGUCCCUCUCUUAUGGUUUAGAAGCACACGUUGGGAAUCUUGACGGUGAUGGUAAAAAAUCCGCAGGAUUGUAUGGUCUAAGUGAAAAUCGUAAAUCUCAGACGUUGACGACUGCCAGUAGCCAUAAUUCUCUUGUCCAGACUGGUAGCUCAUCUAGGAGCAUACCGUUAUUUAACGCUUCUGCCGACCAUGGAUUUGAAGAAUACCUCAACAGAGUGAGCUACCUUAUCCGGAACGGUCCCCACAACCGAGGCCAGCGUCAAUCGAUCCUAAUAGCAACGGCAAACGGUAUACUUGGAUGUGAAGCGGCUGGAGUAGCAGGAAAGUGCAAAGAUAAAAUAGGUGCUCCAAACUCACAUCAUUCUCCACCAACACAACCACAUGCUUGCGAAGCGUCAAGAAGAUGCUCACGGCGAAGCUAAGAAUCUUCGCAGAGGAAGAAUUCUGGAUACUAUCAUGUGUGAUCAUCGUGUUACUUUAAACUCAAAGUCUGUUGAUUUAUGUUUGUUUUCUUGAAACGUUAGUAGGUUAGGCGGAGCUUCUUAGUCGCGCUUUUAUUUGUUAGAUGAAAGGAAUCAUUUCGUACUAAUUUCAAUAGCUUAACUUCAUUUUCGAUAUAUAUAUAUAUA